AUGAAGUUCGUUCUUUUAAUAAUACUUUUUUUACAAUCGAUAAUCGCAGCCCCGAUUAUUGACAUCUCCAAAAGGGCCUCGAUUUUAAAGCCUAGUGAAGACCCCUUCUAUACGGGGCCAGAGGGAUAUGAAGACCAGCCUUUAGGAAGCGUUUUAAGGAUUAGAAAGAUGGACACCAAUUAUGGUUUUGUUGUAUUGCCUAUUCACGUGGAGUCUGUCUAUCAAAUUUUAGUACGCUCAGAAGAUACUUUUAAACAACCAAUAGCUGUAAUGAGUACUCUCUUUGUACCAUACAAUCCAGAUCCAAGUAAAUUAGUUUCUUAUCAAGUGGCUCAAGAUGCUUCUUGCUUUGACUGUGCUCCUUCUUAUGCAAUGCAGAUUGGCUCAUCUCCUCUUUCUUGGGUGACCUCUGAGUUAGAAGAGGCUUUAUUUGUUACAUCUUUAGUAGAUGGUUACUACGUGUUAGUUCCUGAUCAUGAAGGACCAAAGGCCACCUAUGUUGCUGGAUGGCUGGCUGCUUAUGCAGUUAUGAAUGCAAUUAGAGGUACAUUCAACUCUGCAAAUGUAACGGGAAUCAACGAGGACGCAGAUGUUGUACUUUGGGGUUAUUCCGGUGGAGCAUUCGCAACAGGUUGGGGAGCACUGGUGCAACCAACUUAUUAUCCUGAAUUAAACUUAGUUGGAAGUGCAAUGGGGGGUAUUCCGGUGAAUAUCAGUAAUGUUGCCGUGUAUGAUAUGGGAUCGGUAUUCGCAGGUUUAGUUGUAAUGGCAAUUAACGGUCUUAAAAAUGAAUACCCAGAGUUGAAGGAGCUUAUGCAAGAGAAAAUGGGUAGUGAAAAAUAUGCAAAAUUUGCCAAAGCUGAUAAUUAUUGUUUAAUUGAGAGUGUUCUCGUAUAUGCGUUUGCUGACUUCUCGGAUUACUUAGAUGAAGGAAAUCAAAUCUUGUAUGACUCUACUGUCAAAAAUAUCACAGAUCAUAAUAAUUUACUAACUAAUGGAUUAACUCCUAGUUGCCCACUUUUCAUAUAUUCCAGUGAGAAUGAUGAAAUUAUCCCCAUUGAAGAUACUGAUGCUUUGGUUGAACUGUACUGUGAGCAAGGGGUGAGCGUAGAAUACAGGAAAGAUAGAAUAUCUGACCACAUUAUAACUGCAGUUUCUGGAGCUGGUCUUGCCUUUAAUUUUAUCAAAGAUAGAUUUAAUGGAGUUGAAGUAAACCCAAGUUGUCAAUCUUCUACAUCUACUAGUGAUUUCUUUGACGAAGGAAGUUUAUCUGGAUUAGGUGAAAUUGGCCUGGGAUUAGUUUCAGCAUUGGUUGGUGACAAAAUUGGCCCAGGGGUAACUUCAAAUGAUACUUCGUCAUCUAGCUUUUUCUCCUCGAUAUUAUCAGCGGGAGAAGGUUUAGUGUCCGAUGUUUUAGGUUCAUCCUCAGAUUCUUCAAAUUCAACUUCUUCUGGCAUUUUGUCAACCCUUUUGUCGUCCGGGGAAGGUUUAGUUUCUAGCCUUUUAGGAUCAUCUUCGAGCUCAAAUUCCACACUGGGAGGUGUAAUUUCGUCCCUUUUAUCCUCUGGUGAGAAUUUUGUUUCCAGUCUUUUAGGCUCAUCUUCAAGUUCAAAUUCAAAUUCUACACUGGGAAGUGUGAUCUCAACCCUUGAAUCUGCUGCUUCAAAUCUUGUGGGUGACUUAGGGGGAUCCAACAGCUCUUCUUCUUCGCUGACAAUUUCUAAUUUAUUGUCAACAGGGCUGACAUUAAUCUCGAAUUUCUUGAAGGAUGUCUAG